UCUCAAGCACAGUGCUCAAUACUAUUGAAACCUGUGAUAAAGACACAAAUCUGGGUUGACGGUUACAAGUUAAUUGAGAAUCUUGCCAAUUGCAUGGAGAAGUAUGCAAAACAUUUAAAAAACACUAAAAUUGAAACUAUGAACAAUCAAAGUAAAUUGCACCCUGUAAGGCAAAUAGCCAAUGAUGCCACCAUUGAGCAUCGUCAAAGUGUAUAUGGAACAACUCCAAAGUUGUUUCAAACUUUAGAAAAGGAGAUACUCAAAGCCGGAAUCGGUAACCCGGUUAUGUAUAAUGAAUGGCAUGUUUGAAUCAUCUAAAGAUAGGUAGAAAUUUUUCAAUACCUUGCAAAUAUCUGUUCCAAUUGAUAUCAUUAGAUUUUGUCCUGGGG